AUGUCUUCCAACUAUAAACUCACAGGGCUCACUUCGCUGGAUUUGCAGGAUGGCGAGAAGCGAGAAGUCGAGGUGGAGGGACUCGACGACACAAAGGUGCUCCUCGUGAAAUUAGAUGGGCAGGUCCAUGCCAUGACCGCGAAUUGUACACACUACGGUGCUCCGCUGGUAAAAGGCGUUCUGACUCCUGAUGGAAGGAUAACUUGUCCGUGGCAUGGAGCUUGUUUCAAUAUCACAACCGGAGAUAUCGAAGAUGCCCCCGCACCGAAUGCCCUCAAUAAAUUUGAAGUCUUUGAAAAGGACUCCGCAGUCUAUGUAAAGGCUGACUCCGAAGCUCUGAGCCGCCAUGGCCGCCAGCCCAUCAACCAAUGCUCCAUCGUUGGGGAUGAUAAAGUUGUUAUAGUUGGAGGAGGUAGCGGCACAUUUGGGGCUGUCGAGGCCCUUCGAGAACAGGGGUUCAGAGGGAAGAUUACCAUUAUAUCACGAGAACCAAAUCCCCCGCUCGAUAGGACAAAGCUCUCCAAAGCGCUUAUCCCGGAUGCGAGUAAAAUCGUCCUGCGGCCUGCCCAAUGGUAUAAAUCAGUCGGCAUUGACCUUGUUUCCGACAACGCCACGGCGGUGGAUUUUGAAAAGAAGUCCGUCUCUACUGAAUCCGGAAAAUCGUUCCCAUACACAAAACUCAUCCUGGCUACUGGCGGAGUUCCCAGAAGGCUUCCCAUGCCAGGAAUUAAGGACCUCGGUAACAUCUUUACUUUGCGCUUUGUAACGGAUGUCCAGCAGAUUCUUAAUGCCGUUGGAGACAAGAACAAGAAUAUCGUCGUAAUCGGCAGUUCGUUCAUCGGCAUGGAGGUUGGCAAUUGCUUAUCAAAAGAGAACAAAGUUACCAUUAUUGGCAUGGAAUCCGCACCAUUGGAGCGUGUCAUGGGCCAGAAGGUUGGUCAAAUAUUCCAGAAGCUCUUGGAGAAGCAGGGAGUCAAAUUUCACAUGUCCGCUUCCGUGGAAAAAGCUACUCCUUCUGAGAAAGAUCCAUCUAAAGUUGGUGCAGUGCACUUAAAGGAUGGCACCGUUCUCCCAGCCGAUCUGGUCAUCCUCGGGGUGGGUGUGGCUCCUGCAACAGAAUUUUUGAAAAACAAUCCAGCCGUUUCAUUAGAACAGGAUGGAUCACUCAAGACUGACGAAUCAUUCGCCGUGAAUGGUCUCAAGGACGUGUUGGCAAGGUGGUAA